GUCAGCACCGUUCCUUUCAACAGACAGCCCUCCACAUUCACUGAAAGGGAGACUAACAGCCUGCAAACUUUUCAAGAAAAUUCAGCUAGGGUUUAAGCAAGAGCAGUCCCGAUUAAGAAAUUUUCACACAGGAGGAAGCCAGCUGAGAAGGCAGUAAGAGAAGGGGAGAAAGGGAAGGGGGGAAGGAGGACGAGGAAGAAGAAAAGGAAGGAGGAGGAGGAGGAGGAGAAGGAGAAGGAGAAGACAGCGGAGGAAGGACACCAUGGCUAGUGAAUUGAAGAAGAAAGCAUUCUGGCGAGCCGUGGCAGCUGAGUUUUUCGCCAUGACCCUCUUCAUUUUCAUCAGCAUCGGCUCAGCGCUGGGCUUCCAGUUCCCUGUGAUGGCUAACAAGACCUUCACACCCAUUCAGGACAACGUGAAGGUCUCGCUGGCUUUUGGGAUCUCCAUCGCCACCAUGGCGCAAAGCGUGGGCCACAUCAGCGGGGCCCACCUGAACCCAGCGGUGACCCUGGGCCUUCUGCUCAGCUGCCAGAUCAGCAUCCUCCGGGCCGUCAUGUACGUGGUCGCGCAGUGUCUGGGGGCAGUGGUGGCCACCGCCAUCCUUUCGGGCAUCACGUCCAGCCUGGAGAACAACUUGCUGGGACUCAAUCAGUUGGCACAAGGGGUCAAUCCUGGACAAGGCCUUGGCAUCGAAAUCAUUGCCACUUUGCAGCUGGUGCUGUGUGUGCUCGCCACAACGGACAAGAGGAGAACGGACGUCUCAGGAUCGGCACCGCUGGCCAUUGGCCUUUCAGUGGCGUUGGGUCAUCUCCUGGCGAUCGAUUACACAGGUUGCGGCAUCAACCCGGCUCGGUCCUUUGGAUCGGCGUUGGUCACCACUCACUUUGCCGACCACUGGAUCUUCUGGGUCGGCCCCAUGCUGGGAGGGGCCAGUGCAGCUCUCAUCUAUGACUUCAUCCUGGCGCCCCGAAGAAGCGAGAUAACAGACCGCAUGAAGGCUUGGACCACCGGGAACGCGGAAGAAUACGACCUGGAUGCUGACGACUCGCGAGUAGAGAUGAAGCCAAAAUAAGGGAGGGUCAAGGCUGGGAAGAAAAGGCAUCCGUCUCUGGAAAAUGUUAUCUUUUUUAUAUGUGGAUGAGUUUUAUCAGUAUUAUAGACUCUUUCUAAAACAA